AUGGCUUCUAGAAAGGCGGUAACGGACUUACUCCAGGGGGUUUGGAGGAGGGCCAGAGCAACACCCAUGAAAAACGCAUCCUACUUCCACCCAUCUCGUGUGUCUUCUUCGGCAUUCUCUACAACUCGUCUGGCUGCUGCCCGUGGGACAGAAUACCUCCAGCUCCACGACCCCGACCUCACCGAAUCUCAGCGGACGGUGCGUGAAGCGAUCAGCAAGGUGUGCGCGAGAUUCGGGGACGAGUACUGGCUCGCCGCGGACCGCGAGCACCGCUUCCCCACCGAGUUUCAACAGGCGGUGGCCAAGGAUGGCUGGCUGGGCAUCUGCAUGCCGUCGGAGUACGGGGGCAGCGACCUGGGCAUCGCAGAGGCGGCCGUCAUGGUCCAGACGAUCGCCGAGUCCGGGGCCGCAUACGCGGGCGCGAGUGCCGUGCACAUGAACAUCUUUGGGCUGGAACCGGUCAGAAAGUUUGGCUCGGAGGAGCAGAAGAAGAGGAUGUUGGUGCCGCUGAUCGAGGGCCGGGAGAGGGCGUGCUUCGGCGUCACCGAGCCGAACACCGGGCUGGACACGCUGAGGUUACAGUCGCGGGCUGUCAGGGACGGCGACUUCUACCGCCUGAGCGGGCAGAAGAUCUGGAUCUCCACGGCACAGGUGGCGGAGAAGAUCCUCAUCCUCGUCAGGACCACGCCGCUGGACGAGGUCAAGAAGCCCAGCCAGGGCUUGAGCUUGUUCUACACGGAUCUGGACCGGAGCCAGGUCGAAGUGCAAGAGAUCCCCAAAAUGGGCCGGGCAGCGGUGGACUCCAACAGCCUGUUCUUCGACGGGUGGAAGGUGCCCCAGGAGGAUCUGAUCGGUGAGGAAGGCAACGGGUUCAAGAUGAUCAUGCACGGCAUGAACGCGGAGAGGAUAUUGAUCGCCGCGGAGGCCCUGGGGACCGGGUUUGCCGCACUGAGGAGAGCCGCCUUGUACGCCGGGGAGCGGGUCGUGUUUGGGCGGGCGAUCGGGCAGAACCAGGCCAUCCAACAUCCCCUGGCCGAGAGCUGGAUGGAGCUCGAGGCCGCCCGGCUCAUGAUCUACCAGGCCGCCCGCAUGUAUGACGCCGGGUACGAGGCGGGAGAGUACGCCAACGCGGCCAAAUACUUGGCUGCCGAGGCGGCGUUCCGGGCUUGCGAGAGAGCCGUCCUGACCCAUGGCGGGAUGGGGUAUGCGAAGGAGUACCAUGUCGAGAGGUACUUGAGGGAGAUCAUGAUCCCCCGGCUGGCACCGGUCAGUCGAGAGAUGAUCAAGAACUACAUCGGGGAGAGGGUGCUGGGCCUGCCUAGGUCGUACUGA